AUGCGGUUGUUCGCGAUAAUGGCAGCGCUGCUGCAAAUCGGUCUGUGCGGCCACGUGUCCAUCAGGAUGCCGUACUUGAACCCGGCCGGUGUGACCUACGUGAACGGUCUCGAGACGCAGGAUGCGGCCUUCACGUAUGCCUCCGACACGCCAUUGCACACGAUCGAGACGCAGCACGUUCAGUACGCAGCCCCGGUGAUCCCCGCCAAAGUCGAGACGCACCACGUCGGGUACGCGGCCGCUCAGGUGCCCGCGGUGGCCGCAGUACCAUUCGUCAAACAUAUACCGACGGUCUCGCAGGUGCCGGUCGCUACGAUAGAGGCCCAUCCCACUCUGGUGCAAAAGCAGCUCGACGUGGUGAAGCCCGCGGUCACGAGCCGCAAGAUUGAGGUGCGCCGUCCAGCGAUCCAGAAGCAAUUUUACGACAUCGAAGAGCGAGUUAUCGUUCGUCCAGCUGGGUCGGCCGUGGUGGAAUUAGACGAGCCGACGUCUAAACUGCAAAAGGGAUCAACUGUGGUUCAAACUUUGGAUUAUCCUCAAGUCCAUGGCGUUCACGCUCACGCUGACUUUAUCGCCGAUAACGCACCUACGGCCAUCCCUGUGGCCGCACCUGCUCAUAUUCCUGUCAUCUCUCACGCGACAUUAUCGCCUUUGUCUCUUCCCUCCCCAACGUCAGCACCGAAUGACCUCAGCGCCAACAACCUGGAGAAGGAGUCCGUCGUGAUUGAAAAUCCCGAUUUUCGUAAUGCCAUCAAUCGAGCGCGCCUUUCUCAGGUUCGUACUUCCGAGCCUCGUGUAAUUGCCGAGUCGAACGGUACGCCCUUGGACGCCUCUGCCACACGGUUCAUCGCUCAUGAUCCUUCCCCGAAUGUGAUACCCAGCCAAAAAAUCAGUACCGAGGAUGGUAAAAUUAACCAGAACCGACUCAUCGAUUUCUUGACUGCUCGUGGUGGUGUUGCAGAGGUGGGUUUCGGCCGCGAUGGAGCAGCUGGAGCGCCGAUCGGUGAUGCUGCGUACGUGCGAGCGCGCGUUCUAUCCGCCACACCAGCGCCGGAUCACGCGGAACCAGCCGGGGAACGCGUAUCUACUCGUCGCAUUGUCGUCAGCAGACCGAUCGAGACCUUUCAAGAGUACGACAUCGUAGAGCCCGCCACGAAGAUCGAGAGAGUCGCCGUGCAGCAUCCUGCAUUCAUCAAGACAGCUCGCGUGGAUCACGUGCAACUGCACGGUUCCGUACCGGUUGUCGGCAAGGCUCUCGCACCUGCGUUAGCGCACGCCGCGGUCCCGGUUUAUCAAAAAACGAUCUCUCCGGCGUACUAG